AAGUUCCAAAGAAAGAAAGAGAUAAAAAGACACAGGCUGUGUAAUUAAAACAGACGGGUACAUCAGACUACAGGAGAGACUGUGCAGGUGUGUAUUAUGGUGUUGGUCUAUGAUGCGAGUAUUAAGAGUGUGUUUUACUUGUAGGAUUGAGGACUGAUUAGAGGAAAGUAUUUCUGAGCUUGUUAUAUCUGAGCAUCACAGAGAAGUAUGUCAAGGUGUUUGACAUCUGAGUAUUGUGUAGUCAGUGUUUGCUACAUAAAAGCAUAGUAUUUCAAAGUGUGGCAUAUCAAAGUCGAGUGUAUAAGUGUGGUAGCCUAAGUGCAUUGUACUCAAAGUGAAGAAUAAUGCGAAUAAUAUUUUGGUCUGUAGUGUAUUUGAGCUUAGAAAUGUUUUGAGUAAUAUAAUGGCGUCUUGAGGAUAGAAAAGUAGAUCUGGUCAGUAUAUAAUAAAAUAGUGUAUUUGAAUAAAGUAUACUGCAGUGUGAUAUAUCUGAGUGUAGUUUGUCUCAAGGUUGUACGUCACAUGCUAGUUUAUUGGAGUGAAGUAUAUCAGAAAGUGUAUCAGAGUGUAGUAUAUUGAAGGGUUGUAUCUCAACGUAGUGCUUUAGAGUGCAGUACAUCAUAGGGUAGUGUGUCACAGUGUAGUAUACAUAAGAUUUGUGGUUAGAAUCAGAAUCAGAAUGUGGUUUAUUGAUGGUGCCUGAAUGUGCUUCAGGGUGUAAUAGAUAAAAGUGUGUAUUAGAUCAGAGUGUAGUUAGUCAGAGAGGGGUUUAUUAGAGUAGAAAGUAUCUCAUAGUAGUGCAAAGCAACUAAUGAUGGACGGAGUGUGUGAGGACGACCUCUGCUGGCUGCAGCUGGAUGAUUACAGGAUGCUGCUCAUUAAAAACGUUGAUCCUUCAAGAAUCACUCCAUACCUCCGACAGUGCCAGGUGAUAAGUGCUGAGGAUGAGGAGCAGCUCUUCAACGACCCCGCCCUUGUUGUCAGGAGGAGAAAAGUUGGAGCCCUGCUGGACAUCCUGCAGAGGACCGGAGUCAAGGGUUACACAGCCUUCCUGGAGAGUCUGGAGCUGGAUUACCCUCAACUAUACAGCCGCAUCACUGGGAAGGAGCCCAACAAGACCUUCAGCAUCCUUAUUGACACUGCUGGUGAAUCUGGUCUUACUCAGUUCUUGAUGUCAGAGCUCAGUCGUCUGCAGAGGGCACUGCAGGAUGAGAGGAGGCGACGCCAGCAAGCUUGCGCUGUUGCCAAUGAACAGGAGGUGUGGUCUCGGCAGCAGAAGCUUAGGGACAGAGAGCUGAGGAAGCUUACUGAGCGGAUUCAUAAGGUUCGGGAGGAGCGGGAGAGGCUGAACGAGGAGGUGAAGCAGCUCAGAGAUCACAACUACAGUCUGAUGGCAGACAUCAAUACUCUGAGUCAGGAGAAGAGCAAUGCCCAACUGGCCAACAGAGACCUGCAGAUAGAGGUGGAACGUCUAAAACACACAGUUGUGCGGGCUGAAAGUCAGACUCGACUGCUGAGACGACGAACACUGAGACCUCUGCAACAGAGCAGGAGCCUGGCUCUUCCCCCGGAGACCUUCUUCCACCCAAACAGACCUGAGGAGCUUAAAGAGGAGAAACUGGAGGAAAAAACAGAGGAGAAGCAGGAAGUGAAAAAGGAGGAGAAGCAGGAGACACAGCAAGAGCAAACACAGCAGCAACAGCAGGAGAGUCCAGCUCUUCCUCAGAUGAACCUCCUCACUACAGUGUUUAGGUUGAGAAAAGAUCUCCACAGAGCAGAGGAGCAGAGAACAAGGUAUCUUGACGAAAAGGAGGAGCUGGAGCUGCGGUGUGCUCAGCUAAAGGGAGACAUCAGGAUGUACCGUCAACGCAACAAACAAACCCUCAGACAGCUGGAGGAGGUGAUCAGAGAGAGAGACAAGGCUCUGUCAUCACGGGCAGAGCAGCAGGAGGAGGCGCGGCAGCUCCUGCAGGAGAAAGACCAGUACAGAGAGCAGGUCAGACAGAUUACUGAACAAUCAGAUAAACUAGAGCUUCUCCUGCUGAGGACACAGGGGGAGGAGCUACAGCUGAGGACACGCCUCCGCAGACUCACCUGCAACACACACCAGGGUGAGAGGAGUGUGAGCAGUGAGGAAGAAGAGGAUCCCAAUAAGAGCAAUACAAUAGGAAGCAGUGAGGAGAUCCGCAGUGGAACUUCAGGGGAGAAUGAGGAGGCUGCAGCAUUGCAGCAGCACAGCUCUCCUCUAGGAGGAGCCCCAGAACUGCAAGAGAAGGCAAGCAGUGCUGCAUCAUGGGAGGAGGAGGAGACUGAUGGCUCUGUGACCUCCAAGAGUCGACCAAACUUCUUUUAUCGCAGGAAGCAGGCUCUCAGGUCAAAACCCAUUUUUAAGGGGUACACAGUGGGUAACAUUGAGGACAGCAGUGACAUCACCGACUCUGACUGAACACAAGCUGGUGCUACACAAGAUGCUGAAUUCUUUUAACAAAAACAAUCGUUUAUUUUUUCUUUCGGAGCUUUUUUUACUCAUUAUUUUAUUUUCAGCUUGAUGUAAUUUCAUCUGUAUUAAAAACCAUGUCUAUCUCUGUGUAACAAACCUCAGAUAGGUGUGUUCAGUUCAGUAGCUUUCUAAUUAAACUGUCCUGCAAGCUGAGAUGAUAUUUUGUUAUGUGUAAGAUUGUGCUCAUGUUUGUUAUCAGCAAGAAAUAAAAACAGAAUGAAACAAUAAUGAUAAUAAAUACUCAAUCACCA